AUGGCUUUUGUUGCUUCUCCAAUGGCCUUCCGUGCCCUUCGUGCUACUCCGCGGGUUGCUCGUGCUGCGCCGUGGGCAAAUGUUUCCGCGCUGCCCCGCGCUCAGCCUGCAUUCCGUCGUUUCUUUGCAGCACCCGCCCAGGAACAGCCCCGUCUGCGCCUGGGAUCAACUGCUCCCAAUUUUAAGGCUCUGACUACCAAGGGCGAGAUCGACUUCCACGAAUUCAUUGGCGACAGCUGGACCAUUCUCUUUUCCCAUCCUGCUGACUUCACUCCUGUCUGUACAACCGAGCUAGGUGCGUUUGCCAGGCUCAAGAAUGAAUUCGACAAGCGCGGUGUGAAGAUGAUUGGUUUGAGCGCCAACGACCUCGGCUCUCACGACGAAUGGAUCAAGGACAUCAAUGAAGUCGGUUCGACUGAUGUGCAAUUCCCCAUCAUUGCAGAUGCCGACCGGAAGGUUGCUUUCCUUUACGACAUGAUCGACCAGCAAGACUUGGACAACAUUGACCAGAAGGGCAUUGCUUUCACCAUCCGCUCUGUCUUCAUCAUUGACCCCAGCAAGAAGAUUCGCCUGACCAUGAUGUACCCCGCCUCCACCGGUCGCAACUCCGCCGAGGUCCUGCGCGUCAUCGACUCGCUACAGACGGGUGACAAGAAGGGUGUCACCACCCCGAUUGACUGGCAGGCCGGCGACGACGUGAUCGUGCCUCCCUCGGUCAGCACCGCCGAUGCGAAGAGCAAGUUUGGCGAGGUCCGCGAGGUCAAGCCUUACCUGCGCUACACCAAGAUCUAA